CCUCUCUCCCGUUUUCCUGAUCCCCCUUCUCUCUGUCUCUCUGUCUCCGUCCCCUCCAUCCACCAGAAAGAAGUGUUGUUGUAGCUGGUGCUGCUGUUGUGGCAGCCCUCCUCUAGUUUCACCUCGGCAUGAACAAAACAACAACGAAUGCUGCUGUUGUGGUGGUGAUGGCAGGAGAGGUAGUUUGAGACGCUUUGGUGUGUCGUCUCCUCCACCCUAGGUCCUAGGUGUGUAUGUGUAUGUGUGUGUGAGACUGUGGGCUGUUGUACACAACAAAAUUUGUAUUGGGAUGAGAUUGAGCAGUCAUCAUUAUCUUUGGUGUCCAAGUGUUAGUGCCAGCAGCUGAAUUUUGGCCGUUGGACCUGCAACCUGUGUCUCUUUCACUACAGCAGGUGCAACUGAAAGAGGCCUCUCAUCUUGGCUCUCGAGGUGGGCCUUUUGGGUAAGAGCGACUGAACGACACAGAAGUCCUUGGCCUGAACACAAUUGAGGUGUGAUCACUGAGCCACAAUCACCAGUCAACCAAGCCCUACAUUUAGAAGAGAGGUGUGUGCUGUGCAUCCGAUCAUCAUAUUGGCAAACAACAAGGGCACAACUAAGUCACCCCAUCAAGUUUGUAGCCUCAUUUUGGAAAACAACCUCAAUCACGACGGACCCUUGACACUCUUCGUGUAGUUUGCAAUAUUCGGUGAGCCCCCACUAGCUUUUGGCUUGGUCUACCUUCGGUAGUGGUUUUCAGGUUACCAUUUGCCAUUGAUCCUGUUCCCCACCCUUUCCCUUGGGAAAAGAAAAGGGUCUGAGGAACCCUCCGUUGGAAGGUGACAGAUUGUCUUCUUUCAAACAGAAGUCCCUUCCUUGAUCGGCAAAAAAAACCGGAAGGGGAAAUCAAUUCAACCGGAAAGCUUUCAGCCGAAAUUCUCUUCCAUUCUCGUUAAGAUACAAGCAGAGAGAGACCCUAAAGACAGCUGAUCCUUCUUAGACUUUAUGAGAUUUGCCUGAUCCUUCUUCAUCGGUCGGGUAGAAAACACAUAAAUAUCGUGGACAGCCACCCCUCCGCCAAAAGUGCUUGAACUUGAAUCACAAGGAGAGUCAAUUGCCGGCCCAGCUGAUUUGUCUCUUCUUCUCUGUUUGUUCCGAGGCCGCGCGAGGUCUGGCCCAGAAACAAGUUCCUUCUUCCUUGUCUUCUCCCAACGAAGCAGAGGCCGUAGAAAGAGAGAGAGACAGAGAGAGACAGAGAGAGAGAGCUAACAAGUCCUCCAGGGCUGUUGCCGCUUGUGCUCGUGCCUGAUCUGCUUGCACUUCGUGGGUGCUUGCUUGCUCGCUUGCUCUACUGUUGAGGCCACCACCAGCAGCACCACCACCAUCACCAACACCACCACCACCACCUCCUCCACCAACUUUGUAUACACUAUUCCUCGUACACACGGAGAGAAAGACUGCAUGAAAGAGUGAGGCAGAGAGAAAGAAGAAGGGCGUUGGCAUUGCUCAGAGUCAAAGUUGCUAGUGUUGUUGUCGUUGUGGCUGUUGUUGCCGUCUAUGUAAAAGCGCUACUAAAGAUCGACGUUCUGGCUUGGGUCUAUUGUUUGAAUGAAAAGAGACGGAGGAAAAUCGAUUGCACUGGCAUGAGAAGGAAUUAUUUCCCAAACACACGGCCAUGGUGUUCCUUGUACCACUUGCUUUGGAACUCUCUUUGACGUGUUGACGUAAGUGAGCGGUGUUGUGGCACAAUUUUGGUGAAAGAAGACGAAACCGAACAUCGAAUUGAGUGUUCCCCCUACCAACUCCUCGUGCUCUCUCCCUCGCCCCACGCCUUUUUUCCGGCAGCCUUCAAACCACACACACACACACACACACAUAUCGACAUCAUCAACAACAACAACAACAACGAAUAGUGCGAUUACACGAACAAGGCCAGGCAGGAUUGGAUCAAGGCAUCAAAAUUCCCCCUGAUAACUUCAGUACCCGAUAGUUGUUGAAAGUUUCCAGUACGUUGACGUGGAUAUCCCAAUCAAAGUGAGCAUACCCAACAUUUGAGAUUACGUCACGGAAGUGACCUACUACUGCGAGGGAAGCUACAACAACUGCAUGAUCUGUGUAAACAAGUCUGAAGAUACUCCAGUGUGCACCCCUUACACGUGUGAAGUGGGUCUAUGGACAAAUUGUCAGUGAGCAGCCACAGUAAGACCAUGAAAGACAUGAGCAUUCCAAACAGCCUUGUGUUGGACUUGGGCACAGCCAACACUAAGGUCGGAUGGGCUGGUCAUGGUGAGCCCUCGUCCGUUUUUCCAACCGUGGUUGGUCGGGGCCGCCACAAAGGGGCUAUGAAGAACCUAGGCCUCAAGGACAGUUACGUCGGAAGACAUGCGCAAAAUCUCAGAGGCAUCCUCAGUCUCAACCAACCCAUAAGGCAAGGCGUGGUUGAGAAUUGGGACGAUCUCGAGACCCUAUGGGACUACGUCUGGGAUAAGGAGGUCAACUUCGGAGGUGCUAAGAAUGACAACGAUGCUGGCGAGUACCAUGUUCUCGUAUCCGUCCCACCCCUGUGUCCCCCCGAGGAUUGGCGCAAGAUGGGUGAAAUCCUUCUGGAGGGCGCUGGUGUGAGUGGUAUUUACUUGGCAAACAAGUCAGUCCUCUCCAUGUAUGGUGGAGGUCGUACCACGGGUGUUUGCGUUGACACAGGCGAGGACAUGACCUACAUCGUUCCGUGUUGGGAGGGCUCUCCGCUCCCGGAUGCAACCCUUAUUCUGAAAUUGGGAGGAAAGCACAUCACGGAUCGACUUCUAUCCCUCCUGGCACAAGGCAAAUACAGCUUCCCCGACGACACGUUUCUCAUUUGGAAGAGGGCGGGAAAGACCACCAACCGCUUGUGUAUAGCCAGUCGCCGGGAUGUGGUGAGGGAGGCCAAAGAGAAGUAUUGCAGAUUCUACGACCAGACCUUCCCCUCCAACGGCCUCAAGGAAGUAGAAGAAGAGGUCCUCCGAUUGCCUGAUGGCAACAUUGUGGUGGUCGGCGAUGAGGCUUAUUCCGCACCUGAGCUCAUGUUCCAGCCAGAGCUGAUCAAGAAGAAAUACUCCAGUCUCCACGAACUGGUCUACGAGAGUGUCAUGCGCUGUGACGAGAAACUACGGCCUCGUUUGCUCUCCAAUAUCAUGCUCACCGGAGGCAACUCCCUCAUGCCCGGUCUGGAUAUGAGGCUCCAGAAGGAGCUGUCCAAAAUGCUACCCAAGUCCACGAUUGUGCGUGUCCAAGCACAAAAGGGUCGGGAAAACUUCACCUGGAAUGGAGGGGCGCAUCUCUGCUCCUUGAGCUCGUUUCAGCGACUGUGGUUGACCAAACAGGAUUACAUGGAAAACGGCGUCCAUGCCUCGAGAUCCACUUUGAAUGUGGCCGAGAAUGGGAUCCCUGAGAAUGGGAUCCCUGAGAAUGGGAUCCCCGAGUCCCAAGAGCCCAUCGUGGCUGAGCUUCCGUGAAACAAGCAAAGAAACAAUCUCAGAUUAGUCGUCCAUCCAACACAUUGAGAGAACGAAAUAAGAGAGUCCUUUACGAAUAUACAUAUAUAUUUCUGCUUUAGCAUUAUAACUGUUAGAUUCACUUCGCGAUUUCUGCCGAUUAAUGAAUAGAUACCAUAUAAGAAUUUACGAAAUGCAGGAGGCUCCACAAGGUAACAAACCAUGGAGGCGAUCUAGUCUGUGAAAUAAUAAUGACAAAAAACAACAACAAAGAAGAAAAAGAAAGUCUCAAUGUACCAGUUCUACAAACCAAGUUGCCUUUGAUUGAUCUACAAUGUAUGCUACCACAACUAUUUCAAGUCCUACUUCGAUAUACCAUGUUGCAAACAAAACAAAUGCUUUCCUAUUAUAUCUUCAUUCGAAACUUUAAGGUGUUCACUCGAUGACAAAGUAUGUACACUCUAAAGACUUACUACUACCAAUAUUCUGUAGAGUAAACCUGAAAUACAACCCAAAUUCUGGAUUCAA